AUCGAAAAGCACGGGACGGUGACUACACAAUUGGCGAGAGCAGCAAAACACCGACGUCGACAGCAGCAGCGCUCAGUGCGUACCUGGCGUCUGUGUUCGGAGCACGUGAGUGGACUGUGUACAUUGGAAUAACAAACAGAUAAUAAUGUCCAAAAGACUAACAAAGCGCUUUUUGACUGAUGCCGACAAGUACCAGUGCUCUCUGUCGGUCGAAACACAAACCAUAGCUGAGAAUGAGCUACGGGAGACAGAGAACUCUAGGUCACAAGCCCUCACAGCACUAAGGAGUUGGAUGGAGCAAAAUCCUAAACUGCUAACUGUAAGAUUGGAUUCCAAUUUCCUUCUGCGGUUCCUUCGCACUAAGAAGUUCAGUGUGCCGAUGGCGCAAGAAGCGAUCGAGAGAUACCUUUUGCUGCGACAGUCUUGGGGUAUAGCCUUCAACCAGCUCGACUACAAGCUGCCAGUCAUGAUGGAGCUCAUUGAUUUAGGAUUUAUUUUCGUCAGUCCAUUUAAAGAUAAAUGUGGACGUCGUGUGAUUAUAUACAAACCAGGCGUAUUCGAUCCAUACAAGUACACGAACCAAGACAUGUGUCGUGUGAUGGGAAUAUGCUAUGAAACGAUCAUGGAAGACGAAGAAAACCAAGUCCGUGGCCUAGUUCACUUCGCCGAUGGAGCUGGAGUCAGCUUCCCUCACUUGACCCUGUUCACACCCAGAGAAGCUGUACGAAUUGUAAAGAACGGAGAGAGAACAGUUCCCAUGAGGCAUAAAGAGAUCUAUGGCGUUAAUGUACACCCUACAAUUAAAUUUGCACUAGACUUCGGCAUGGCGCUCAUAUCGGAAAAAAUUAGAAAGAGGGUCAAAUUGUACACCUCAAUUGAAGAUGUCGAAAUCGACAAGAGCGUGCUUCCCAAAGAAUACGGCGGUGUUAUGCCUAUGAGACAGAUGAUUGACUUGUGGAAAGAAGAGUUGGCCAAUAAACGUGACACUCUUCUUAUGAACGAUAAGAUGAGCGUAAGACUUGAAAUGUAUAGCGAGGCUGCCAGAGAAGGCGCUGUAUCCGCGCUUAGAGCUGGAGCAAACACAUGCGCAGGCGCCGAUGCUGUGGGAGACGCCAUGCGAGGGCUUACCGGCAACUUCAGGAAACUCGAAGUAGAUUAACUUAGAUUGCAAUCUUUAGUAUACACUCUUGUAAAAUUUUGUUGUAAAUUCACCUGGCUGCGAAUGUUAUGAUCUAAUCACAUACUAUUAGAUUAUAACCUACCCUUACACGGUAGAUUUUAGAAAUGGAGCAGUAAGGGCAGCUAUCCUAACCGCUGUAGCUACAAGAAAACAUAAGAAACUAUCCGUAUUUUUGAAGACAUUAAAAUCCGUAACCUUAAAUUUUAAAAAUUAAAUUAGUGUCGGCAAGAAGUCAAUGUAUACAAAAAAAAAAUGAUAACAAUUGAUCCUGUUGUUGAUACGAAUCUGAUGGAUCUUAAGCUGCUAACUUUAAAAAUCGAAAUUUAUGACAGAUAAUAAUUUAAGGGUAGAGUAACUGAGAGUGGAACGUAUUGUCGGGACGUCGUUCAUGGGUUUAUUCCCGCCCUAGGGCAAGCACCACUAAUUUUUCAAAGUGUAUAUUCAUAGUUGAUACUCGCUUAACAGUUAAAGAUUAAGGAAAACAUAUUAGCAAACUUUAUACAUGACAGUUCGGAAAAUGUUUAUCUCACUGCAAUAUAUAAGCAUAAUUGAUAAGUUGAAAACUAGUAAAUAAUGUACUUUUAAGUCACAUACAGUAAAUAGUAUCGAAUUAUUAAAAAAAAAUUGUGAUCAUA